UGUGUCAAACACACACACACACACACACACACACACACACACAGAGCUGUGUUCGGAACCGAGCCGCUCACAUCUGAUACCGAAAUGCAGCGCUCAGCGGUUAUCUUUGUUCUGGCGUUCUGCACGGCCGCCUGGGCUCUGGAUAACGGGCUGAUGAGGACCCCGCCGAUGGGAUGGUUAGCCUGGGAACGUUUCCGCUGCGACACCGACUGUCUGAACGACCCCGACAACUGCAUCAGUGAGAAGCUGUUCAUGGAUAUGGCUGACAGACUGUCGGAGGACGGCUGGAGAGAGCUGGGAUACGUCUACAUCAACAUCGACGACUGCUGGUCCUCAAUGCAGAGAGACAGUCAGGGCCGACUGCAGGCCGACCCCAAGAGGUUUCCGCAUGGCAUCGCUCAUCUGGCGCAGUACAUUCACGACCGCGGCCUGAAGCUGGGCAUCUACGGAGACAUGGGCACUCACACCUGCGGCGGAUAUCCAGGAACCACGCUGGACAAGAUCGACACGGACGCGCAGACCUUCGCCGACUGGGGCAUCGACAUGCUGAAGCUGGACGGCUGCUACUCAAACUCAUCCUACCAGGAACAAGGCUACCCAAUGAUGUCAAAGGCCCUGAACGCUACGGGCCGUCCCAUUGGCUACUCCUGCAGUUGGCCCGCCUAUCAGGGUGGCCUCCCGCCGAAAGUGAGUAGAAAGCAGGAAGUGGAAGUGAUGUAG